AUGGCGCGUGCGCGGUUUCGAGUGCUGGUGCUGGCGUUGGCGCUGCUCGCCUUGCGGCUAGGUGGUUCUGUGUUCGCCGUGGGCCGCCCGCCUUGGACGGCGACCUCCGCGCGGCCGGCGCCGGCGGCGCCGCCUUCGGCGCGGCAGGCGCUGCCGGAGGCAUCGCUGCUGCUGGCGGACCUGCAGCCCACGCCCGGUGCGGUCAGCAGCGCCUUCAACGUCAUUACCUUCCUGCCACAGUACCUUUGGCUGCUCAUGGUCCUGGCGCCCAACUGGUCCGUCACCAGGAAGGUCAUGGCGCCUUUGUGGCCGGCGCUGCUCUUCUGCGCUGUGCACCUCUUCAUCGUGGUGAAUGUGGCCUCCACCAAUAGUGACAACCUCUCAGAGUUCACGUUGCUGGCGCAGGUCUUCGACCCCCGCGUCAGCCCGGGAGCCCGUUGGACGUCAAGACUCGCGUGGCUCUUCUUUGAGUCGCUGGAACUCGAUGCCGAAGCAGCGAUGCGGCGCCUGGCCGUGUUGCUGGCGCUCGCGGGAGUGCUGGCGGCGCUCUCCUUGGGCAGGCACGUGCUGAAGAACGGCCGUCCGAAUUGGCAAGGACUAUUGGCGGGCGGAGGUGUGGCUGCGGCCGCCGGCGCCGCUCCCGCGCCGCCUUUGGAUUUGGCGGAAGGUUCGGAAGGCGCGGCGGGCGGAGAAGGCGGAAGUCCUGGAAGCUUUGCCGCGGAGAGCCCUGGAGGCGCAGAUGCGGAGCUGCCGAAUUUGCCGCCGCCGGCGCUGCCGGCCGGCAGAGGCUCGGGCCUCAUGUGGCUGGGCCAGACCAAGGAGCUGAGCCAAGAGGAGCUGCAGAAGAUGGUGACGCCCCCCGAGGUUCCCAGACCAUCCAGGAGCCACGACUUCGUGCUGUGUGCCAACAUCGCAGGCACCCUGGGGAGCGCAUUGCAGGCGCUGAAGGCCUUCCUGACCAUUGCCAGGAGGCUGCAGGAGAGGGGCUGGCGGGUGCGUGUGGUCUUCCCCGCACUUGGCACCCACGAGUUCGACGACCUGCCGCUGAGCACGCGGAACGGGACGUCUUUGGCAAACAUGCUGGACACGACGCCUUUGAGGCAGCUCCUGGACAUCGAAGAGGAGGCGGAUGUGGUCUUCGAGCGGCGUCAGCAGGUUUGCUGGGAGCAGGGCUGCGAUGUGUCAGUGUGGUCGCUGGUGCAGGUGCACACGCCGCAGCUGCGCAACCUCACGGUGCCCCACUUGUGGAUCGGCCCAGGCUUGGAGAAGUGGAUGUUCGAGCAGCUCUUCGACAACCUGGCCACCCUGGGGAACGCGGCGGAGUUUCCCGCGCCGAUCCGGGUGUUUUGGCAGAUGCAGAGCUACAGCCCCGCGAUGUGCGGGCCCUUCGUGUACCCAGCCCUCGCCAAGCAGGUGGACGCCGCGCUGGUGCCGAAGGCCCAGGAAGAGAGCUGCGCCUUCGUCUACGUCCGGCGCAUCAUCCGGCGCGACAAAAUGUGGCACCUCCCUGGACCAUUCAGCUUGAACAUGGACGUCCAGGCUCCAGUGAGCGCGGUGGCGCAGCGCAUCGCCCAGGUCUUGAAGGAGCAUCGGGUCCCUUGUGCCAACUUCUACGUGAAGCUCUUGGGGCUCAAUAGCACGGGCUUCCUGUCGCUGGUGCGGCUGGGCUUCGGGGCCGCGGCUUCGGCGCGGAGGGUGCGGAAGCGGAACUGCCGGCUCUGCACGGCGGGGAACAUGGAGAUUCUGCAGAAGGCGGCCUCUGCGCCGCUGCUCCUGGCGGAGAAGGGCAGCUUCUGGCCGGACGUGCCUGCGGCGCGGCUGCUGGCGCUUGGGAAACCGGUGGCGUACCUCUCUGGUGUCCAAUUGCCGAAGCGGAAGGUGAAGGUGCCCAACGCAGUCAAGGCGGAGCGCUUUGCAGAACCGGAGGCCAACGUCAGCGUCACGCGCCUCGCCUGUGAGGGCGGCCUGGUCUACCGUGGUCGCUGUGUGCGGCCGGGCGAGGAUCCCAACCAGGGCAGCGUCUACGAGUGCUGGCCAGAAGACUAG